AUGCACCGCGGCGGGCAGCCUUUGAAAAAGCGGCGCGGCUCGUUCAAGAUGGCGGAGCUCGACCAGUUGCCUGACGAGAGCUCCUCAGCAAAAGCUCUUGUCAGUUUAAAAGAGGGAAGCUUAUCAAAUACAUGGAAUGAAAAGUAUAAUUCUUUACAGAAAACACCUGUUUGGAAAGGCAGGAACACAGGCUCUGCUGUAGAAAUGCCUUUUAGAAAUUCAAAACGAAGUCGCCUCUUUUCUGAUGAAGAUGACAGACAAAUCAAUACAAGGUCCCCCAAGAGAAACCAGAGGGCCACAGUGGUCCCACAGAAAUUUACAGCAACGAUGUCAACACCGGAUAAGAAAGCCUCACAGAAGAUUGGUUUUCGAUUACGUAACCUGCUUAAGCUUCCCAAGGCACAUAAAUGGUGCAUAUAUGAAUGGUUCUACUCAAAUAUAGAUAAACCACUUUUUGAAGGUGAUAAUGACUUUUGUGUAUGUCUAAAGGAAUCCUUUCCUAAUUUGAAGACAAGAAAAUUAACAAGAGUAGAAUGGGGGAAAAUCAGGAGGCUUAUGGGAAAACCACGGAGAUGUUCUUCUGCAUUUUUUGAGGAAGAGAGGUCAGCAUUAAAACAGAAAAGACAGAAAAUAAGGCUCUUACAACAAAGGAAGGUGGCUGAUGUUUCACAAUUUAAAGACCUCCCAGAUGAGAUUCCACUGCCCCUGGUUAUUGGAACUAAAGUGACAGCACGAUUACGCGGAGUUCACGAUGGCCUGUUCAUUGGACAGAUAGAUGCCGUUGAUACUCUUAAUGCUACUUACCGAGUCACUUUUGACAGAACAGGGCUUGGGACCCACACCAUCCCUGACUACGAAGUUCUUAGUAACGAACCUCAUGAGACAAUGCCAAUUGCUGCCUUUGGACAAAAACAGCGGCCCUCUCGGUUUUACCUGACACCCCCACGGUUACCUUAUACACCACCACUCCAGUCACCGAUAACGGAUAACGAUCCUUUGUUAGGACAGUCACCAUGGAGAAAUAAAAGUUCUGGCUCUGACAUGGAAACGUUAGGCGGUUUUCCAGUGGAGUUCCUAAUUCAAGUGACCAAGUUAUCAAAAAUCCUCAUGAUUAAAAAGGAACACAUCAAGAAAUUAAGGGAAAUGAACACAGAAGCAGAAAAAUUGAAAUCGUAUUCCAUGCCAAUUGGCAUUGACUUUCAGCGGAGAUAUGCCACCAUUGUUCUCGAGCUUGAACAGCUCAACAAGGACCUAAACAAAGUUCUGCAUAAAGUUCAGCAGUACUGCUAUGAGCUGGCUCCAGACCAGGGACUCCAACCCGCAGAUCAGCCGACCGACAUGCGGAGGAGGUGUGAAGAGGAAGCACAGGAGAUUGUUCGGCUGGCCAACUCCUCCACAGGACAGCCCUGUGUGGAAAAUGAGAAUCUCACCGACCUAAUCUCCAGGCUCACAGCUAUUUUACUACAAAUUAAGUGUCUAGCAGAAGGAGGAGACUUAAAUUCCUUUGAAUUCAAAUCACUUACAGACUCAUUAAACGACAUCAAGAGUACAAUAGAUGCUUCUAACAUCAGCUGUUUUCAGAAUAAUGUAGAAAUCCAUGUUGCACAUAUUCAGAGUGGCCUGAGCCAGAUGGGAAACCUUCACGCCUUUGCAGCAAAUAACACCAAUAGAGACUGAGUCUGCGCUGUGAAGGUUCCGCUCUUCCAGCCGCACAGGACGUGUUUUUAAGAAGUCCUUUUCUGUGACAUAGGCUUCCAAUACCAAACACCUGCCUGCUGCAAACAUGGGCAGUUAAGACCUCCAAUUAAGGCAUUUUAGUGUCCUGUACCGCUCCUUAACUGAUGUACUGACCAGCAUUGUAGUUUUCCUUUUUUAUCAUUCAGCUGCUGUAGCAUUGCUUAUGUUACAUGUGUCUCUUAGCAUAUAUUUUUAAAUGGAAAAUGUCUGACUGCAUUAAUAUAAUUUCAUGGAAGACU